CCAUCUUUGGGUCAAGGACGCUGUCAGCCAAACAAAACUCCCUUCAUCAGGUAAUACCCUGAACCUCAAUUCAAAGCAAAGUAACUGACAAUUUCAAGCUUGAACUUCGGAGAACAAGAGCUUCUUGAGAUCGAUAUCUCAUUGCGAUUCUUAACUUCACCCUGGCCCUUUUGGUUAUCCUUGAGUGGUGGGUCCUCAACUGAGUGGGCAACCUCCUGAGAGUUGACGUGUGCAGCGAGCUGAGGCAGCAGAGAGGUUCAACGGCUGUCAUUUAGUUGGGGCUGGAGGGUCAAUCUUUCGAUAUUUUCGCCCAGUCAUCCUUUAGGAUUAUCGCCAAGUGAAAAUGGCAGAUCUCCUUUACGAGCUGUUGUCCCCUCCCUUGGGGGAUCCAUCAUCGAGGCCGGCACCCGAUCCAAGCUCACUCGAGUAUCUCACCAGUCUCUCAUCACAACCCCUCACAGCACUGGAGACAACCGAGCCACAAGCCCUCGCCCAGACAUCACAUGGUCUCCUUCUCUCUAUCCAGGCCCUUUCCAAGAAGUCUCACAAGCAAGUCAUCGAAUCAGCAACCCACCACUCCACCCUCCGCACCAGCCUACCUGCCCUAGCCGCCAGCACCGCCGACCUACGACAUUCCAUCCCCAAGCUCGAUCAUGAAGCCGUCCGCUUUUCGACGAACUACAGCAAGUCCAGCGAAAGCGAUGUCCUUCUUCGGCGCAAGAAGGCCCUUCUGCUGUCUCGGAAUGUCGAGCGGCUCGUCGACGUGCUGGAGCUGCCCAACCUUCUCUCAACAGCCAUCUCCACCGCCCCGGUCAACUACUCCUCAGCCCUCGACCUGAACGGCCACAUCCGCCGUCUGCACUCGCUCUACCCAGACUCGCCCCUCGUCACCUCCAUCGCCGCCCAGGCCGAUGAGGCCAUGCGCACCAUGGCUGCCAACCUCAUCCAAAGCCUCAAAUCCCCAGGCCUCAAACUAGCUGCCUCUCUACGCACUAUCAGCUGGCUCCGCCGCGUCUUGCCCGAUCUAGAAGCCGCCGGCACAAGCAAGGGACACGACUCCCAGGAGCGGGUGCUCGGCGCCCUCUUCUUAGUCUGCCGACUAGCGACGCUGGUGAACAUGCUCGACGCUCUCGAACCACUACGUGACUUGGCCGAUCAGGAGAAGGCAAGGCAAAAGGCGAUUGGGAGUGGAAACGCGUGGUCCGGCGGGCAGCAGACGGAACGGUAUCUCAAGCGGUACAUUGAGAUCUUCCGUGAGCAGAGUUUCGCGAUUGUGAGUAUGUUUAGGAGUAUAUUCCCUCCUGCUGCUCCAACGGGGAAUGGAAAUGAGGGUUCAGAUAAUCCCUUAAAGCAACAAGAUGCGCUGGAACCGAUGCCGACUGCGUUGGCGACGUUCCCGCUGCAUUUGGUGGAUAUGUUGUUGGAGACACUUAGGCUAUAUCUGCCAACAGUGAAGGACCAGGCGUCGAGGGAUAGUCUGCUGACACAGGUACUUUAUUGUGCCGGCAGUUUGGGGAGGCUGGGAGGUGACUUUGGGCUGUUCUUGGCUAGUUUGGAUCUUGGGCCGGAAGCGGAGGAGGAGUGGGUGGAGGUUGUGAAGAGACAUAGGGCUUUGGCUGGAAGGCUGGAGUCGAUUGUGGGGGACCAGAAGAAAUAAGAAGACCGACUGGAUAAGCGCCCGAUCUACCACUUUUCAGCUAAACUAGAGCUUCUCGGCCAGAAACUUAUACUUAAUACAACUAAUCAGGAUUUGGUGUUCAGGACCCUCCAACUAGCAACAGGAUGCCCGA